AUGGCCUCUCAGCGUGGAAACCGCGCUGAAACCGAGGAGCCGUACCGCCUGGUGCGGGAGGCCGCCGAGGGAGCCAAGGAGGCCUUGGAAACCACCGAGUUUUAUCACCAGGACCGGGUGGCGUUGGAAACCGCCGUUAUCGGGGAGUACAAGGAGCUCUCGCAGCGCAUCGUGGGCUUCGGGAACUAUCAGCCUCCUGAGGACACGAAGCUGCCCGAUGGCUCCGUGAACGUCGCCAAGGACGUGACCUUCGGCGACGUGCUGGGCACCGCGGUGGGCGGCGUGCUGAACGGCGCGGGCGCCAUUUUCCAGGGCGUCAAGGCGCAGCGGAUGCGGAGCCCACCCGGGCCCACCCGGGCCAUCGGGACGGGAUCGGAGGGAAGGAAGUCUUCAUGUUUUUUUUGA